CUCCAGUGAAUUCCACAUCCCCAAACUACCCCUCUCCACUACUACAUAUACCACCUUUACCCUCUCCCUCUUCUCACAGUCACAACCACUCAUAAUCAUAACCGCAAAUUCUUCCUUACCCAUUUCUUCAACCUUCUCCAAUGGCUCUUUCUUCCUCCAAACUCUCACUCUUUUCUCCUUCCCCUCUUCUCACCCACCAGAAAAACCUCACUUCUUCUUCCUCUCUGAGCUUUGUUCUUUCACCUUCUUCAAGAACCAAGAACGUGAAGGUUUAUGCUACAACAGACUCACCAGCAACUCUCACUGGUGUCAUCUUUGAACCCUUUGAAGAAGUCAAGAAAGAUUAUCUUGCUACUCCCAUUGCUGCCAACGUUUCUCUGGCCCGCCAGAAUUUCGAUAAUGGAUCUGAAGCUGCUAUCAAUGAACAGAUUAAUGUUGAAUACAAUGUUUCCUAUGUGUACCACUCUUUGUUUGCGUAUUUUGACAGAGAUAACAUAGCUUUGAAGGGACUUGCUAAGUUCUUCAAGGAAUCUAGUGAAGAGGAAAGAGAGCAUGCUGAGAAGCUUAUAAAGUAUCAGAAUCUUCGUGGUGGAAGAGUUGUGUUGCAUCCUAUUGUGAGUCCUCCCUCAGAAUUUGAUCAUGAAAAGGGUGAUGCAUUGUAUGCUAUGGAAUUAGCACUGUCUUUGGAGAAGUUGGUUAAUGAGAAGCUUCUGAAUCUUCAUGCUGUGGCUGAUAGUAACAAUGAUCCUCAAUUGGCUGAUUUCAUUGAGAGCGAGUUUUUGGACGAACAGGUUCAAUCAAUUAAGAAGAUAUCAGAGUAUGUGACACAGCUGAGACUAGUUGGAAAGGGUCAUGGUGUGUGGCACUUUGAUCAAGCUCUUCUUGAAGAUUAAAAGAUUUGAAAGAUUGGUUUAUUAUGAUGCUGGUUGUUGUUUUUUACAUUGCUGGAUUAGUGAAUAAAAAUGUAUUGCCUAUAGGUUUGUUUAGACGUAGAGGGGUGUUUGUUAUUUUAGUUGCUAGAAAGUGUUGUGUUUACUUUGAAGUUUGUACUAUUGUAGUUAGCUUGCAACAAUUAUUUUGCUAGAAAUGAAAAUGAUUUGGCUACAAGCUUCAAUUGGGAA